CUCAAGCCCACUUUUCCCACUUCUUCCUCAACCGCAACUAACAACCAUGCCUGCCAAAGAACUUGCCUGAUCGUUGGUGCCACGACAGGCAUUGGUAAAGAGACUGCUGAGCAUCUAGCAAAGAAGGGCUGGACUGUCAUCGUCACAGGCAGAACUCAAGACAAGGGCAAAAGCGGUGGCAGUGCUUCGUUCUAUCCCGUUAAUGUCACCAGUCAAGAAUCAGUCGCUGCCCUCCACAAGCACGUCCUCGAGAAUUAUGGCCGUCUUGACGCUGCUGUCAACAAUGCUGGCAUGUCGAGUACUUUUCAGCCAUUCCAUGUGACUCCGGUCGAGGAUCUGGACUUCAUGUACAAUGUCAAUCUCAAAGGCACCUUCUUUUGCAUGCAUGAGCAAAUAAACAUGAUGUUGAAGCAAGACAUGCAGGGCGAAGCUGGCAAANGAGGCAUCAUCAUCAACAUGGCCAGCAUGUCUGGUCUCAUCGGCAUCCCUUAUGCUGCUCCUUACUCAUCCACCAAGCAUGCUGUCAUCGGCCUUACCAAAUCGACAGCUCUCGAGUAUGCUGCAGAAGGAAUUCACAUCUCUGCUGUCGCACCCGGUAUCAUUGAUUCAGGCAUGCCCGUUCUGGAGGAGAGCUAUAACGGCGGUGCAUACUCCAGAGAGCAAGCUGCUGCCAUGCACCCUUUGAACAGACUUGGUAAAUGUGCCGAUGUUGCAAAAGCUGUGGAUUUCUUGUUGGAGAACGACUUUAUCACCGGUGGAGUGAUCCCGGUUGAUGGUGGCAUUACUGCAAGAUGA